AUGGCUAUCGGCAAUGAUGCAUCUCCUUCAAAGGACGGAUACCCUCCGCGAGGGGAUCUGCGCGAGAUGAUGGACCAAAAUUCGCUACCCAUGCUUGCUCCUGGCCUUAUAGACCCGGCAUCUAUGACGGGCGAUGCGGCAACCAAACAGGCACAGUUGGUGCUGAGCACUUUCAAUUCUGCCGCCGCAGCGAACAAUUAUGAAUUGCUGGCGAGUUGUUUCUUCGAAGGCCAGGCGUACUGGAAAGAUCAAUUGGCUUUGACAUAUCACUUGCGCACAUUCAAGAGCGCCGGCGUUAUUGCAGCAAGCCUUUUGGAAACGAAGGCUUUGAGGAAUAUAAAGGAACUGAUCACGGUUGACGGAGCAGCAAUGUUCUUACCUGCAACGCCAGUGUUACAAUUCAUUGACUGCCCAAUAUCCCUCCGAACUGAAUUACCCGCUGCUACCUGCAAGGGAAAAAUGCUUCUUCUGCCGGCCCAAGUAGACCCGAAGAAUGAGAGUAGCGCUAUUCAGUGGAAGAUAUGGAUUCUGAGUACCAGAGUCGUGAGUCUGGAUGUCCAAACUGAGAAUGAAGACCUUCUUCAAUCACCCGGAAGACAGUUAGAGGACCUUAUUGAUUUCGAGACAGAUGUAUGGGAGAUCAAGUUCCAGUCCCCUGCUGGCCUACAUACGGCUGUCUCGAAACAGCUGGUGUUGGCAACUGGUAUUGGCUCACAGAAGCCAAAUCUUCCGGACAUCGGAUACAGAAACUUAUAUCAGGUCUGUUAUUAUAAUCAGCUCGGCGAAUACAGCAGUGACCCAACCCAGUCUCUGAUGCACAACCUACUCGAGCGAGCCGGCGGUCACUAUGUCGAUGUGGGUGGCACCAAGCUUAUCGCAGAGGGCAAGGUUGGAAUCAAGGCUGGGGCUAAGCCCGUUGCGUACACGACUACUGGACUGCGCUUCUCUGACGGCAUUACCCUCGAUGCUGAUGCAGUUGUGUGGUGCACGGGUUUCGCUGAUUCUAACGUACGUGAGACUGCUGUUCAAAUCCUAGGCGGCAACCUUCAGAGGGACAAUGGCUCCACACGACAGGCACGAUCCGUGCUUGGUGCCCAGGAAAUUGCGGAACGCCUGGAGGGAACAUGGGGUAUUGAUGGAGAGGGAGGUUCGUGGUAUGUGGAAGCGGCACCCAAAACUCGACAACUUCUGGGUUAUGGGUGGCUAUACACAGCAGCACCGAUGGCACUCGCGCACCCUGGCACUUCAAAUCAAGGCUGCUCUGGCUGGUAUUCUUCCUCCAGCCUAUCGUGA